UCAACUUAUUAGGGCUCACAUUUGUAACUUAUUUUAAAAACUUUUGUCCGAGGGAAGAAUAGAAAGAGGAGUGAGGGAAUGUCAACCGUUUAUAUUACUCUCAGAAAUGCUUUUACUUCAACACUACUAGGCGCCAUUGUGUUGCUGCAUGUGGCUUCUGGGUUUCCGGCCACUCUCACUCUCACUCUAGAAAGAGCUUUUCCGAUGAACCACAGAAUUGAGUUGAGUCAACUCAGAGAUAGAGGUACUAUUAGAUUCGGUCUUAAAGGAAGUUAUGAUCCUCAUGUGGCUGGGUUGUAUUUCACAAAAGUCAAAUUGGGAUCUCCUCCAAAAGACUAUUAUGUACAAAUUGACACACGAAGUGAUGUCUUAUGGGUCGGUUGCAAGCCUUGCAUUGAUUGCCCUACAUCAAGCAAAUUUAAUAUUCCUAUUACAUUAUAUGACCCUUUAAGCUCGUCAACAUCUACUCCUGUCUCAUGUUCAGACCAAAUAUGUGCGCAAGCGGGUCAAACUUAUAAUUCUAGCUCAUGUUCACAUAAUCAGUGCACUUACACAAUUUACUAUGGAGACGGUAGUGCAACAUUAGGUCAUUAUGUAUCUGACUUAAUUCAUUUAGAGACAUUUCUUACAGAUACAAAAUCAUUAAAUGUUUCCACUUCUGUGGUAUUUGGUUGUAGCACAAUGGAAACUGGGAUCUUAGCUACAUCUGAUGGAGCAGUUGAUGGGGUUUUGGGAUUGGGGCGACAAAGUUUAUCUAUCAUAUCCCAACUUUCUUCGCAAGGGAUUGCUCCAAAUUCAUUCGCACAUUGUCUUGCUGAUGGAGGUGGGAUUUUGGUUAUAGGUCAGCCAACGGUGCCACAUAUCAUUUUUACUCCACUUGUCAAAUCACAGGGGUAUUAUAGUACACAUUUGCAUAGUAUUUCGAUAAAUGGUAAAAAAUUAUCCAUUGAUCCAUCAGUAUUUGCAAUAAAUAAUGAUAAAGCUGGAACAAUAAUUGACUCGGGAACAACUCUGGCAUACCUUACUGAAGAGGCUUACACCCCUUUUGUAGAUGCUAUCACAAAGUCGGUUUCGUUGUCUGUACAACAACGUACAUCAAACGGAAAUCCUUGUUAUUCAAUUACUUCCAGGUUUACAACCAUUAAAACUUUUUGUAGUUAAAUUGGCACUUAUAUUCCUCCCUUUUUUGUCCUUACU